UGUAUAUUCACAUUUCUGCAGUAUAUAGUAAUGUUUAAAAUGGCGACGGUGACGCCUUCAUUAUAUAGGAACAAAUAAAUAUAAAGUGAAUAAAUGUGCCCGUAAACAAUAUUACUAGCCAUCACCCUUGGGAAUAGAGAUAUUAAAUGAGACAGUGAGCAAGAAAAUGCUAUUGAAUAAGCUAUAUGCAAGUCUCUGGAAGUGCUGGAGAAUAAGAUGCCGGCACUACCUGAUCACAAUAUUUGUAAUUUUUAUACCAAUAUUACUCUAUGGCCUACUUGCAUGGGGUCGAACCAAAUUAGGACACAUAAGCAAACAAUAUGUGAACGAAACAACCUAUGUAGAUGCUAUGAGUGAGGAAUAUCUCUAUAGCCAGUAUAAAGUUGAUAUUGCAAAUACCUAUCUACUGUAUUCACCAUCCUCUGAGUUUUCAAAUAAACUGAUGUGUGAGGUCCAGCUGCAGAUGGAUAUUACAAAUCACAAAUUUUACUCCUUCAAUACAGAAAUUGAUUUGCUUGCAUUUUACAACAAUAAUAUAACUGAUGCCAAUGUGUAUGCUGUGGUUUUUGACCAACUGGUUAAUGAUGAAGUGCCUCAAACCUUGAGUUAUAGCAUUAGGAACUAUGAGAAAAAUUUGGACUGGCAUACUGACUUUAAAUAUAAUGUUAUGUCUAUGCAGUAUAUUCCUGGCACAGGCUCUGAAUUGUAUUUUCAUAAAGCUUUCAUCAAUUUACAACUGGCCAUCGAUAAAACGUUUCUACUGAUGAAGAGUAGCAGCUUAAAUUUUGAUUUCUCAAUGCAAGAGUUUCCUUAUCCACCGCAUUCGAACGAUAUUGGAUUUACAGACAUGUUCAUGAAUAUCUUGCCCUUGGUUACACUCUUUAGUACGGUGUUUAUCUUUCCGGGUACUUUGAGACGUAUGAUGGAAGAAAAAGAAUCUGGCAUUAAGGAACUGACUAAGAUGAUGGGGAUGCCUCCCAGUGUGAUGUAUCUCGGUUGGUUUAUUGACGCAUUCUGCCCGGUGGUAAUAUCCGCGGUGGUGUGCACAAUAUUCAUGAAACUCAACUGGGGAACGGCGUAUGCUCCAAUUGAAUAUUGUAAUGGGCCGAUUUAUGCUAUUUUCUUGCUAUUAUACUUUAGCUCCUGUGUUGCCUUCUGUUUAUGUGUCGCUUCAUUGUCAGACUCACCGGCUCUUACAACAUCUUUAAGCGUUGUGAUCUGGGUUAUCACAUACAUUGUACCCUAUGGUGUUAAAAAUCUGUCGAAUUUGGGUUUUGGAAUCAAUCUAAUACUGUUUUUGGUUCCCAACUUUGCAAUGAAUUCAGGAUUCCACUCAAUUGCCUUGUACGAAAUUCUGGGAAGCGGAGUUCAAUGGAAUAAUCUGUUUUCCUCGGCUAAUGGAGACGUAAACUCUGUUCCGCUUGGGUAUUCAAUGAUUAUGCUUUUAGUGGACAUUAUCAUCCUGCUACUGUUUGGAUUUUACAUUGACCAAAUACGACCAGGGAGAUAUGGCCUACCGAAGCCGUGGAAUUACCCUUUCAUUAGUUUGUGCAGCAAGAGUAUGAAUAAAAUGAAACGAAAGAAUAGUGUUAACGAGUAUACUGAUGAGACAUCCAGUGCAAGGGUGGAGGCGUGUCCUGGUAACGCUGGAAUAACUAUCAAGAACCUUACAAAAGCGUACGGAGAGAAAAUAGCAGUCAAUAAUAUGUCGGUGAAAUUCUUUGAGGGCGAGAUCGCUGUCUUGCUGGGCCGAAAUGGCGCAGGCAAGACUACCACUAUGUCAGUACUCACUGGCAUGACAGAUGCAACUCGUGGCGAAGUCUGGAUAAAUGACUACGACAUUUGUGAGAAUCUCAACUACGUGCGAUCAGUGAUGGGGAUGUGCCCGCAACAUGAUUUAUUGUUCCCAGAAUUGACUGUCGAGGAACACGUUUUGUUCUUUGCCAAGUUGCAUAAUGUGCGGAACGCGAAAGUCAAAGUCGAUGAUCUUCUUAAAACACUCAACAUUUAUGACAAGAAAAACAUGUUACCGCAAGGCAUCUCUGGUGGAAUGAAACGAAAACUUUGUUUAGCAAUGGCGAUGAUAUCCAGUCCAUCUGUGCUAAUACUAGAUGAACCCACUUCAGGGUUAGACCCAAAAUCACGCAGAGAACUCUGGGAUCUUAUCUUGGGCUGGCGAUCGGAGAACCCGAAAGCCACCAUAAUGGUAUCAACUCAUUUCAUGGAGGAGGCGGAUGUACUGGGUGAUCGUAUCACGAUCAUGGAAAGCGGACAACUUGUAGCGCAAGGCAGUCCCAUGUAUCUCAAGAAAGAGUUCGCUAACGAGUGCCACUUAACGCUGAUUUUGAAUAAUAAUACCAAGAAGGAUCUAUUAUAUGCCGACUGCAAACAGGUGCUAGGUGAUAACUAUACUGUGCUCGAAAAAGAAGACAGUCAGAAAGUAAUUAUGAGGAACGAUAACAAGGAUGUUUUAAUUCGACUAUUACAACAAAUUGAAAAUGGCCACUACGUUAAACAUGUGGGAAUAUCUAUACCUUCAAUUGAGGAUGUCUUUUUGAAAUUAUCGAGUUCAAGUGGUCCACACCUAGUAGGUAAUGAAAGUACUUAUGGUGCAACAACAAAUGAUGAUACUGUUGUCAAUAUUCCGUAUGGUCGAAGCAAUUCAAAUUCGUCGUCUCGACAAGAAUUGAUGAAGAGCUACGUAGACUUUUAUAGAUACGGCGGAGUGAUGUAUCAAUGGAAACGCUAUAUUCCCUACUUGUUAAUGUCUAUCGGAAUGAUCUUACUCCUUCGCUUUGCUGGCUCGACCCAAACAGUCAGCCGCGUAUCGCGCCCGGAAUUACCCUUACAAUUGAAAGCCUAUGGAAAAACAUUCGUAUACUACAGUGUUGAUUCGAGUAUUAAACUUCCAAUCGCACGGGAACUAGAACAACUAAUAAGCGCGCAAGGAUCGCAGCCAAUACACGUCGAAUCUGUUCCCGACGCGCUGAUUGCGAUGGGCGUGAAAAACCUGGACGACUACAAGCAGAAAGCUGUAGUUGCUUUAGAAUUUAACGCAACCACUGACAAUAAAGUCCUGCUAAACAUGAUGUUCUCGAAUUCGGCUUUGCACGGUGCACCGAUCGUUCUAAAUAUAGCGACCAAUGUUAUCGCCAAGAUACUCGCGAGUAGCUCCAUUGGGGCGUCCAAUCAUCCGCUGCAAACAAACGACGACCUCAUGAUCGACGAAUUGGCGAGCGAGAUUCAAAUCGUGUUGCUAUGGAUUAUUCUUGUGCCUAUUGCGCUAUUGUUCUUGGUCGCAAGUUAUAUCAACUAUCCACUUGCAGAACGCGUCAGCAAUUUCAAACAUUUAAUUUACAUGUCCGGAGUUAAACCGCUUAAAUAUUGGUUUGGAAUGUUCUUUUUCCAUUUGAUAAUAUUAUACUUGCCUGCUGCAGUUAUUCUUUGUGGUAUACUAGUAUCGAAUCCAUUAUACUACCCCGGAGCAGUUCCGUUGGCGAUUGUUAUGGUUUGGUACGGCGCAUUGAUGAUUCCGUUUGUCUUCAUGUUCAGCUAUAAAAAUAGCGUGGCGGCGGCAGUGGGUUCCCUCACCAGUUUAACUAUAUUUACUGGUUUGGUGUGCCCGUUUGUGAUUGUUAUUUUGCAAAACUGCGGCGAUAAUGUAUACGAAAAAUUAGGCGAUGUUUUUCAUGUCUUGGCGUUCAUUAGCCCUCAGUACUGGCUGACCAAUUGUUUGAUUACAUUUACCAGAAAGUCGGUUUGGGUAUACAAAUGGGAAAAUAUAUUACCCGCACAGCAAGAAUUUAUGUGUAAAAUGAAUUAUAAUCCCUGCUGUGGUGUUGAUCCCCGGGACAAGGCGUGUAUCGAUUAUAAAAGCUAUUUCCAAGAUGGUCUUCGUACGACUUAUCUAACGGUGGUUCCAUUAUGCAUGAUUUUCUUGUAUUUCUUGGUGCUUUCCCUACGUGAUUCAUAUAAAGUACUUCGCGUUGGAAGGGCCAUUUUGAGAAGCACUACUAAUUUUACUAACUUUUCACUGAGAUUCAAACGAAAUGGCAAGUACACUCAACUCGAUGAGCAGAGUACAUUCCAUGCAAAGAAUCUAACCAAAAAGUUUUCUAACAUUGACGUUGUUGAUAAUCUAUCCUUCACCGUGAAGCCGGGACAAUGCUACGGUCUUCUGGGCGUUAAUGGCGCCGGCAAGACCACCACAUUUAAAAUGCUUACUGGAGAUGAAGUGCCUACUUCUGGUUCGGCAGAUAUAAAAUUUGCCACUCACGGCCAGGUCGACAUGCAAGACUGGACCACCUCGGACACGUACUUUCAAAAAAUCGGCUAUUGCCCACAGUUUAACGCGGUGAACGAGGUGCUUACAGCGGAAAAUUUACUAAAACUGUUUGCAUAUUAUCGGGGGAUACCGCCUCAUGAACAGGAUUCCGAGGUGCAAGCUAUGCUGGAUCGAGUUGGACUUGAGGACUUCGCUAAAGUACCAUGUGGUACACUCAGCGGCGGCAACAAACGCAAAUUAUGUUUAGGUAUCUCGCUGAUAGGCAACACCGCGGUCGUAUUCCUGGAUGAACCUACUACAGGAGUGGAUCCAGUUUCAAGGAGGAAGAUCUGGUUAGUACUGGCGGAUGUCAAAAAAGAAAGCAAACAUCCACUAGUGCUUACAUCACACAGCAUGGACGAAUGCGAGAAAUUAUGCGAUUUCCUGGCGAUAAUGAAGAAAGGCAAGGUACACAUUAAAGGAAGUAUCAAUCAAUUGAAGCUGCGAUAUGGCCAAGGAUUGACAAUUAAAAUCAAGUUGCGCACCGGAAUGGCGGAUGUGGAUCAAGUGGAUGGGCCCGGGAUGAAUACUAUUGAUAAUCCCGAUGAUAUAUUAGAAGUUAUCAAGAGAGAAGUAGGAGAACGAGUGGAUGUGAAGGAUAGACAUGAGAACUUGUUGCAUUGCUUCGUGCCAGAAAUGAGAUGCGGGGUUGGUGAUUUGAAGAAGUUCCUCACCACCAUGGAAGAAUUGAAGCAAAGAACUAAUUCACUCGUGGAAGACUAUACAAUAAGCACUUCAUCACUUGAAGAUGUAUUUUUGUCCGUAGCGAGCGAAGAAGCUGAGCAAUGAAUCGAUGCUCCUGGGAUGAAAUUAUUACCUAUAUAUUAUAACCGAAUAGCUUUUGCUUUAACUCCACUCGUACUAUUUAAAAAAAUGCAUUAUAAAAGGUGUGUCUAUACAUCAUACAUAAUAACUGAUGAUAAUAAGAAUUUAUAUAGUGUGAUACUCUGUACUGUAAUCUUUAGGUGUAUGAAAAUAACAAUUAAUAAAGUUAAUAUUCUUGUCAAGA